AUGGCCGGGGGAGCAGAUGAGCUGAAGCUUCUGGCCACAUGGUUCAGCCCGUUCGCUUCCAGAGUGAUGUUCGUGCUCCAUCUCAAGGGCCUGAGCUACGAGAACAUCGAGGAGGACCUCAAGAACAAGAGCGAGCUCCUCCUGAAGAGCAACCCCAUGCACAAGAAGGUCCCUGUGCUCUUCCACAACGGCAAGCCACUCUGCGAGUCCAUGGUCAUCGUCGAGUACAUCGAGGAGGCCUUCGCGGGCGUCGGCCCGGCCGUCGUCCCCGCCGACCCCUACGAACGCGCCAUCGCUCGCUUCUGGGUCAACUACAUCGACAACAAGCUAGUGGCGCCAUGGUUCCAGGUGUUCAGGAGCAAGACGAUGGAGGAGAAGGCGGAGGGGCUGAAGCAGAUGACCGUGGCGGCGGCGACGCUGGAGAACGCGUUCGAGGAGUGCUCCAAGGGGAGGCCAUUCUUCGGCGGCGACGCCGUCGGGAUCAUUGACAUCGCGCUCGGCUGCCAGGUCGGGUGGAUGCGCGCGUCGGCGGCGCUGUCCGGCAUCAGCAUCUUCGACCCGGCCAAGACGCCGCUCCUGAUGGCGUGGGCGGAGCGCUUCACCGCGCUGGACGCCGCGAGGGCGUCCAUGCCAGAGUUCGACCGGCUGCUCGCGUACGCCAAGAUGAGGCAGGCCGAGAGCGAUGCCGCGAAUAAAUUUCGUUCCAAUAUAUGGAACAACGUGAGAAGUGAUAAUGAGAAGUACUGUACAGCACAACAGCAUCAUGCCAUCAUCCAGUCACCAGGACAGACAUGCAUAAAUCACCCUGCGUCGAGCAUACGAGCAAAAAUGGCGAGGUGCCACGAGCUCAAGCUGCUGGGCACAUGGAUGAGCCCGUACGUGAUCCGGGUGAGGCUCGCGCUCAGCCUCAAGGCCCUGAGCUACGAGUACGUCGAGCAGGACAUCAGGGACAAGAGCGAGCUGCUCGUCGUCUCCAACCCCGUCCACAAGAAGGUGCCCGUGCUCAUCCACGCCGGCAAGCCCGUCUGCGAGUCGCAGAUCAUCGUGCAGUACCUCGACGAGGCGUUCGCCGGCGCCGCCCGCCUCCUCCCCUCCGACCCCUACGAACGCGCCGUCGCUCGCUUCUGGGCCGCCUACAUCGACGACGAGGUGUUUGCUUCGAGGUUCCGAGCAAUGGGAGAAGCCAAAGAGGAGGAGAAGGCCGAGGCGGCGGAGAAGGUGUUCGACGCUCUGGAGACCUUGGAGGAAGCCAUGAAGGCGUGCUCCUCCAAGGGGAAGAAGGAGGAGGAGGAGGCGGCCGCGGCCUUCUUCGGCGGCGACAGCGCGGGGUACGUGGACGUGGCGCUCGGCGGGUUCCUGGGGUGGCUCAAGGCGACGGAGGCGUUGUCCGGCGUCAGCUUCCUCGACGGCGCGCGCACGCCGCUCCUGGCCGCGUGGGCCGCGCGGUUCGCCGCGCUGGACGCCACCAAGGAGGCGAUACCCAGCGUCGAGCGGCUCUGCGAGUUUCACGCGGCGAUGAGCGCCGCCGCCGAGGUCGCCGGAAAUUGA